AUGGAUCUUGCUCCAGUAGUCGAAACACUUCAAGCAACACUUUCACCUCAAUUACGUAAACAAGCUGAAGAAAAACUUGCUCAAAUCUGCAAAACAACUGGUUUUGUCCCAUGUCUUGUGCAGAUUAUUCUUAAUGAUCAAUGUGAUAUGGGAGCUAGACAAGCUGGAGCAAUUUAUUUAAAAAAUCAUAUUAAUACUUAUUGGUCGGAUUACAAUGAUUUAAAAGCAACAACAGAUUCAGACAUAAUUACAUUAGCUAAUGCAGUUAAUGUUAAUAUUAAUAAAGCAGCCGGUGACAAUACACAAAAAUUUUUUGUUAUAUCUGAU